AUGGCUGCGUUUAUGGCUACGUUUAUGGCUGCGUUUAUGGCUGCGUUUAUGGCUGCGUUUAUGGCUGCGUUUAUGGCUGCGUUUAUGGCUGCGUUUAUGGCUGCGUUUAUGGCUGCGUUUAUGGCUGCGUUUAUGGCUGCGUUUAUGGCUGCGCUGAGUUAUAAAUGCGUUUAUGGCUACGUUUAUGCCUGCGUUUAUGCCUGCGUUUAUGCCUGCGUUUAUGCCUGCGCUGAGUUAAUGUUCGUAAUUAUGCUUUUAAAUAUUUCUUUAUAG